CCUUCUGCAAACCAAACCUACCACUCCACAACUUUCUUAAUCCACUCCUGCUCUGCCCUCUGCACUAUCACCAUUCACUCAUGCACCUCCACAUUCUCUGAAUUAAGUCCUCCUGAUGCUUGAAAAACCUUCCCCAAAUUCUAUCAACUCUCCGCGCACUUUCCACCUUCUGUAGCUCUUUCCCAAGUGGGCAAUGUCUUUCUUCGCCGCAUUCCAUGUUCACGCUUAACUGCAUCUGAGACACCGAACUGGGCUGUGUUCGGUUCCUCAUAUUUUGGAAGUUCCAUCCAGCAACAACGCGUUCCUAAUUAAAUUUGUAGUUGGACCCCGGGUUCUCUUGAAUGAAUUGACCCUUCUUUAUGUCUCGACAAUUCGGAGUUUGAAUUUAUGAAGAUUGAUAUCUGUGAAUUCUGAAGCACGGAGAAGCGGAACAAUGGCCGGCCUUGAGCGUGGAAAUGUGUGCAUGAAUGGUGUUGUGCCAAAUAGGCAUCCUGCAGCAAUAUCUGAAGUGGACGAGUUCUGCCGCAGCCUUGGGGGGGAUAAGCCAAUUCAUAGCAUACUGAUCGCGAACAAUGGAAUGGCAGCCGUCAAAUUUAUACGCAGUGUUAGGAGCUGGGCCUAUGAGACAUUUGGAUCAGAGAAGGCUAUCUUGUUGAUAGCAAUGGCUACUCCGGAGGACAUGAGAAUCAACGCAGAACAUAUCAGAAUGGCCGAUCAAUUUGUGGAAGUACCUGGUGGCACCAAUAACAAUAACUAUGCCAAUGUGCAGCUUAUUGUAGAGAUGGCGGAGAUAACUCACGUUGAUGCAGUUUGGCCUGGUUGGGGUCACGCAUCAGAAAAUCCUGAACUUCCUGAAGCAUUGAAUGCAAAGGGAAUUGUAUUUCUCGGACCUCCUUCCAUAUCCAUGGCUGCAUUGGGAGAUAAAAUUGGUUCCUCAUUGAUUGCUCAAGCAGCAAAAGUGCCAACCCUUCCAUGGAGUGGUUCUCAUGUGAAAGUUCCAUCCGGGAGUAACUUGGUUACUAUUCCUGAUGAUAUUUACCGAGAAGCAUGUGUCUAUUCAACCGAGGAAGCAAUUGCAAGUUGUCAAGUUGUUGGUUACCCUGCUAUGAUCAAGGCAUCUUGGGGGGGUGGUGGUAAAGGCAUAAGGAAGGUUCAUAAUGAUGAUGAGGUCAGGGCACUGUUCAAGCAAGUUCAAGGUGAAGUUCCAGGCUCACCCAUAUUUAUAAUGAAGGUGGCAUCCCAGAGCCGGCAUUUGGAAGUCCAAUUGCUUUGUGAUCAGUAUGGAAAUGUCGCGGCUUUGCAUAGCCGUGAUUGUAGUGUGCAAAGGAGGCACCAAAAGAUUAUUGAGGAGGGACCAAUUACUGUAGCUCCUUUGGAGACAGUGAAAAAACUGGAACAGGCAGCUAGAAGAUUGGCUAAAAGUGUAAAUUAUGUCGGGGCUGCUACUGUUGAGUAUCUAUAUAGUAUGGAUACUGGCGAGUUCUACUUUCUAGAGCUGAAUCCCAGGCUACAGGUUGAACACCCAGUUACUGAGUGGAUAGCAGAGGUGAAUCUGCCUGCAGCACAAGUAUCUGUUGGGAUGGGUAUUCCCCUCUGGCAAAUUCCUGAGAUAAGGCGAUUCUAUGGGAUGGAACAUGGUGGAGGAUAUAAUGCUUGGAGGAAAACAUCGGUUUUAGCCACACCUUUUGAUUUUGACAAAGCGGAAUCUACAAGGCCAAAAGGUCACUGUGUGGCUGUGCGAGUGACUAGUGAGGAUCCUGAUGAUGGGUUUAAGCCCACUAGUGGAAAAGUGCAGGAGCUGAGCUUCAAAAGCAAGCCAAAUGUGUGGGCUUACUUCUCUGUUAAGUCUGGCGGAGGAAUUCAUGAAUUCUCAGAUUCUCAAUUUGGACAUGUUUUUGCAUUUGGAGAAUCUAGGGCUUUAGCUAUUGCAAAUAUGGUUCUAGGACUGAAGGAGAUUCAAAUUCGGGGAGAAAUUCGCACCAAUGUUGACUAUACCAUCGAUCUUCUAAAUGCUUCAGACUACAGAGAAAACAAAAUUCACACAGGAUGGCUGGAUGGUAGAAUUGCAAUGCGAGUUAGAGCAGAAAGGCCUCGUUGGUAUCUUUCUGUUGUUGGAGGGGCACUUUUUAAAGCUUCUACUAUCAGUGCAGCCUUGGUUUCAGAUUAUGUUGGUUAUCUUGAAAAAGGACAAAUCCCUCCUAAGCACAUAUCUCUUGUCCACUCACAAGUGUCCUUGAACAUUGAAGGAAGCAAAUAUAUGAUUAACAUGUCAAGAGGUGGGCCAGGAAGUUACAGAUUGAGAAUGAAUGAAUCAGAGAUAGAAGCAGAGAUACAUACUUUACGUGAUGGAGGUUUGUUGAUGCAGUUGGAUGGGAACAGUCAUGUGAUAUAUGCUGAGGAAGAAGCAGCUGGAACUCGCCUUCUAAUAGAUGGGAGGACUUGUUUGCUUCAGAAUGAUCAUGAUCCAUCAAAGUUGGUUGCCGAGACUCCAUGCAAACUUCUAAGAUUUUUGGUGACCGACGCUAGUCAUAUUGAUGCUAGCACACCAUAUGCUGAAGUUGAGGUCAUGAAGAUGUGUAUGCCUCUUCUUUCACCAGCUUCUGGGGUUAUUCAUUUCAAAAUAUCUGAAGGCCAACCGAUGCAGGCUGGGGAGCUCAUAGCAAGGCUUGAUCUAGAUGAUCCAUCAGCAGUACGAAAAGCAGAACCCUUCCAUGGGGGUUUCCCAGUUCUGGGUUCUCCUACUGCAAUUUCUGAUAGAGUUCAUCAGAGGUGUGCUGCAAGUUUAAAUGCAGCACGGAUGAUUCUAGCUGGCUAUGAGCACAAAAUUGAUGAUGUUGUGCAAAAUUUGCUCAAUUGCCUUGACAGUCCUGAAUUACCUUUUCUUCAAUGGCAAGAAUGCUUUUCUGUUUUGGCAAACCGUCUUCCAAAAGAUCUAAAAAACGAGUUGGAAUCAAAAUAUAAGGAGUUCGAGAGGAUAUCAAGCUCCCAAAAUGUUGAUUUUCCCGCCAAAUUAUUGAAGGGCAUUCUUGAAGCUCACCUUUCCUCCCAUCGUGACAAAGAAAAGGAAUCACAAGAAAGGAUUGUUGAACCUUUAAUGAGUCUAGUGAAGUCUUAUGAGGGUGGGAGAGAGAGCCAUGCUCGAAUAAUUGUUCAAUCCCUUUUUGAAGAGUAUCUUUCUGUUGAAGAACUAUUUAACGAUAACAUACAGGCUGACGUAAUUGAACGACUCCGCCUUCAAUAUCAGAAAGAUCUAUUGAAGGUUGUGGAUGUAGUACUCUCCCAUCAGGGCAUGAAGAAUAAAAAUAAGUUGAUACUGCAGCUAAUGGAACAACUAGUGUACCCUAACCCUGCUGGCUACAGGGAUCAGUUGAUCCGUUUCUCAUCACUCAACCAUACAAAUUAUUCUGAGUUAGCUCUUAAGGCAAGUCAACUUCUAGAACAAACAAAAUUAAGUGAACUUCGUUCCAGCAUAGCUAGGAGUCUUUCAGAACUGGAGAUGUUCACUGAAGAUGGUGAAAAUAUUGAUACUCCCAAGAGGAAGAGUGCCAUUAAUGAUCGAAUGGAGGACAUUGUGAGUGCUCCUUUGGCAGUAGAAGAUGCCCUUGUGGGUUUGUUUGAUCACAGUGAUCACACCCUUCAAAGGCGGGUUGUGGAAACUUAUGUCCGUAGGUUGUACCAGCCAUAUCUUGUAAAAGAGAGUGUUAGGAUGCAAUGGCACAAGUCUGGCCUUAUUGCCUCCUGGGAGUUUUUGGAAGAGUAUGUUGAAAGGAAGAGCGCAUCUGAAGACCAAAGGUCCAAUAAAAUAUUAGUAGAAAAUCGAGGCAAGGGAAAAUGGGGAGCAAUGGUUAUAGUCAAAUCUCUUCAAUUUUUGCCUACAAUUGUUGGUGCUGCAUUGAAGGAAGCUACCCAUAACUUUCACAAAACACUUCCUAAAGGCUCUACUGAAGCUAUUAAUGACUAUGGUAAUAUGAUGCAUAUAGCAUUGGUGGGCAUCAACAAUCAGAUGAGAUUACUACAAGAUAGUGGUGAUGAGGACCAAGCUCAAGAAAGGACUAAUAAGUUAGCCAAAUUGCUCAAAGAACAGGAAGUAGGAUCAGCUAUACACGCUGUAGGUGUGGGAGUAAUCAGUUGCAUUAUACAGAGGGAUGAAGGGCGAGCCCCAAUGAGACACUCGUUUCACUGGUCUGAAGAAAAGAUCUGUUAUGAGGAGGAGCCUCUGUUGCGUUAUUUGGAACCUCCCUUAUCCGUUUAUCUUGAAUUGGACAAACUUAAAGGCUAUGAGAAUAUAAAGUAUACCCCAUCCCGAGAUCGUCAAUGGCAUUUGUACACAGUUGUAGAUCCUAGGCCACAUUCAUUUCAAAGAACGUUUCUUCGAACACUAGUAAGACAACCAACUACAAAUGAAGAUUUGUCAGGUCAAGGGCUAGUUAUGGAAACAUUGAAUGCUCAAAAGGAUAUGCCUCUUACUUCAAGGAGCAUUUUGAGAUCCUUGAUGGCUGCAAUGGAGGAAUUGGAACUUAAUGCACACAACACCACUGUCAAAUCUGAAAAUGCUCAUAUGUAUCUCCAUAUCAUACGAGAGCAACAAAUAGAUGAUAUUCUGCUUUAUUCCAGGAGGAUUAACGUGGAUGCUAGUCAAGAAGAAGCAGCUGUUGAGUCAAUCUUGAAAGAAUUGGCAUAUGAGAUCCAUUCAUCCGUUGGCGUUAGAAUGCAUAGAUUAGGGGUUGCAGAGUGGGAAGUUAAGCUCUGUAUAGCAUCCUCUGGACAAGCAAACGGUGCUUGGAGGGUCGUUGUAACAAAUGUUACUGGUCAUACUUGCACCGUACAUAUAUACAGAGAAGCGGAGGAGAAAAGCACUCAUAAAGUUGCAUACAGGUCAAUCAACGGAAAAGGUCCUUUGCAUGAUGUACCAGUGAAUGAAAACUAUCAACCUUUGGGGAUCAUUGACCGAAAACGUCUUUUAGCAAGGAAGAACAACACCACAUACUGCUAUGAUUUUCCACUAGCAUUUGAAACGGCCUUGGAACAGCUAUGGGCAAUCCAACACCACGGAUUUCAAAAAGCCAAAGAUAAGGAUCUUCUAAAAGCAACAGAGCUUAAAUUUGUUGAUAAAGAAGGUAGUUGGGGUGCGCCGCUGGUUCCUGUGGAGCAUCCACCUGGACUUAAUGACGUUGGUAUGGUAGCCUGGUUUAUGGAAAUGCGCACCCCUGAGUUUCCAUCUGGAAGGACAAUAUUGGUUGUAGCAAAUGAUGUAACCUUCAAGGCCGGUUCUUUUGGCCCAAGAGAGGAUGCAUUCUUCCAUGCUGUAACUGAUCUUGCAUGUGCAAAAAAACUACCUUUAAUUUACCUAGCAGCAAAUUCUGGUGCUCGUUUAGGUGUGGCUGAGGAAGUUAAAGCUUGUUUCAAAGUUGGUUGGUCUGAUGAAUCUAAUCCAGAGCAUGGUUUUCAAUAUGUAUAUUUGACGCCAGAGGAUUAUGCUCGGAUCGGAUCAUCAGUGAUAACACACGAGUUAAAGCUGGAGACUGGAGAAACUAGAUGGGUUAUAGAUACCGUUGUUGGAGAAGAGGAUGGUCUGGGGGUUGAAAACUUGAGUGGCAGUGGGGGCAUUGCUGGUGCCUAUUCUAGGGCAUACAAAGAAACUUUUACCUUAACAUAUGUGACUGGAAGGACUGUUGGAAUAGGUGCUUAUCUUGCCAGACUUGGCAUGAGAUGCAUUCAGAGGCUUGAUCAACCCAUAAUUCUUACAGGUUUUUCUGCAUUAAACAAGCUUCUUGGUCGGGAGGUGUACAGCUCUCACAUGCAGCUAGGUGGACCUAAAAUCAUGGCAACAAAUGGAGUUGUCCAUCUUACUGUUUCUGAUGAUCUUGAAGGCAUUUCUGCUAUUUUGAAGUGGCUUAGCUACAUUCCUUCUUGUGUAGGCGGUACUCUACCCAUUAUGCAACCCAUGGAUCCUCCAGAAAGGCCCGUGGAGUAUUUCCCUGAAAACUCAUGUGAUCCUCGUGCUGCCAUUUCUGGUACUCUAGGCAGUAAGGGAAGAUGGCUAGGGGGUAUAUUUGACAAGGAUAGCUUUGUGGAGACACUAGCUGGAUGGGCAAGGACAGUUGUUACUGGAAGAGCAAAACUUGGAGGAAUCCCUGUAGGAAUUGUUGCUGUUGAAACACAAACAAUGAUGCAAGUAAUACCGGCCGAUCCGGGGCAACUUGAUUCUCAUGAAAGAGUGGUUCCUCAAGCAGGGCAAGUAUGGUUUCCUGAUUCUGCAACCAAGACAGCCCAAGCAAUAUUGGAUUUCAACAGAGAGGAGCUCCCACUAUUCAUUCUUGCUAAUUGGAGAGGGUUUUCUGGGGGCCAAAGGGACCUUUUUGAAGGAAUUCUUCAAGCUGGAUCAACCAUUGUGGAGAACCUGAGAACGUACAAGCAACCCAUAUUUGUAUAUCUCCCAAUGUUGGGUGAACUCCGUGGUGGGGCAUGGGUUGUUGUGGACAGUAAAAUCAAUUCGAAUCACAUUGAAAUGUAUGCUGAUCAAACAGCUAAAGGCAAUGUCUUGGAACCAGAAGGGAUGGUUGAGAUCAAAUUCAGGACAAAGGAAUUGUUGGAGUGCAUGGGCAGGCUUGAUCAACAACUGAUUAAUUUGAAGGCAAAACUUCAGGAUGCAAAGACUAGUAGGGCCCUCGGGAGAAUUGAAUCCUUACAGCAGCAAAUCAACUCCCGCGAGAAGCAACUUUUGCCGGUGUACACACAGAUAGCCACCAAAUUUGCUGAAUUACAUGACACAUCCUUACGAAUGGCUGCCAAGGGUGUAAUAAGAGAAGUCCUGGAUUGGAGCAAGUCCCGUUCUUUCUUCUACCGGAGAUUGCGUAGGAGAAUUGGUGAACAUUCACUGAUCAACAGUGUGAGAGAUGCAGCUGGUGAUCAACUGUCACAUGAAUCUGCAAUGGGCUUGGUAAAAAAUUGGUAUCUGAGUUCUGAUAUCUCCAGAGGUGAAGAUGCUUGGUUGGACGAUGAAAGUUUCUUUAGAUGGAAGAAGGAACCUAGUAAUUACGAGGAUAAACUAAAAGCAUUACGCGCUCAGAAGCUGAUGCUUCAAUUGACUAGUAUUGGAGACUCGGCUUUGGAGCUGCAAGCGUUACCUCAAGGAUUUUCUGCUCUUUUAAGCAAGUUGGAGCCACCAAGGCGGGCGAAGUUGAUUGAAGAACUUCGCAAGGUAAUUAAAUUAGAAGGUUAAAUGCUUCUCGAGCGGCUAAAGAAACUCGAGCAAAAGCUGCCUUGUAAGUGCCGUAACAUGUUUCGUUAACCAGUUGUUCUAAUCCCAUGCCUAAGCUUUUUAUCCACAUGGAACAGCAAUAUUUCCAAUAUCUCGUUGCUAUAUUGAGUGUAAAUCAUAUCUAUAUGUAAUUUCCUGAAGUUAGCUCAAGGGUCGCAGCCAGCGUUGGUGAGCUCAUGUUUAUUCGCAAAGCCGGCUGAUUGAUUCUUUCCAGUUUCCUUGUAUCUGAAUUUGGAGAGCGCGUUGAUUAUUAUUCAUAGGGAAUUUCAAGCCAA